AUGUCCGAAAAGCCCAACUUCCUAUUCGUUCUCACGUCUCAGGCGAUUUUGCCUAGUCGGGGGACCCCUACUGGCUGGUAUCUACCGGAGCUUGUCCAUCCUUACAACAAGCUAGCACCGCGUUUCAACAUCGUCGUUGCCUCUCCAGCUGGCGGGGAGGCCCCGUUGGAUCCUUACUCCAUUGAAUCCACCAAAGACGACGCAGAGUGCCAGGCAUUCUUGAAGGAACAUAAGAAUGUCUGGGUGGAAACUGUGAAAUUGUCUUCGUUGCUCGGAAGAUCGGCUGAGUUUGCCGGAAUCUUUUACGUUGGUGGACAUGGCCCAAUGUUCGACCUUGCAAACGACCCGGUCUCCCAGUCUUUGAUUCGUGAAUUCUACGAGUCUGGCAAGGUUGUUUCAGCCCUAUGCCAUGGACCAGCUGCUCUUGUGAAUGUCAAGCUGUCCGAUGGGACAUAUCUCGUUUCCGACCAGACGGUUACUGGACUCUCCAAUGCAGAGGAAGAGGCUAUGCAGUUCACCAACGAUAUGCCAUUCCUUUUGGAAUCCGAGCUGCGAAACCGAGGAGCAAAGUAUGAGAGCGCCGAUGGUUUAUUCGGUGUGAAGGUGGUCGUUAGCGGCAAAGACGGAAAGUUGAUAACGGGCCAAAACCCACCGAGCGGGUCUGUAAUUGGCGAGACCUUGCUCAAGGCUCUUUCGUAA